ACCGGUUUUUAUUCAUCUCCACACUAGUUGUUGUGAUGGUCAAUAAUAUUUUGCCCGUGCUUAUCCUUCGAUAGGUUAAUGUUCCUAAGAUUAAGAUUGAAAAUAAGUGCGGAGUAGAAUUCUUUCCUUAUAGGUCUAGCAAACUUGUACAAUAAUGAUUAAAAAGUUUUGCAAAUGAUAUUACAAAACUAUAAAAAAAAACUCACGUAGACAAUCUUUUAGGCUGGUCAUGCAAGAUCUUUGAGUGUAAUUUUUUUUAAAUAAAUCGUAUGAUUUUACAAGGGGAGGAGAUAUAUGUAGCAUGUGCCUAUACAUUCAGAUCAUGUGCAUAUGUAUAAAUCCUCAUCUACAAUCUUCUACACAUUGAUAAAUGUGUCUUAGGAUAUACUUAUGUUCCUUAGUAUACAUAUAUCCCUUGAAUUACAUAAUAACAAAAGAACUCCAUCCAAGACAGAUAGUUUUGAUAUUUUUUUUAUCCCGAACUACAUAUUUACAAGCAAAAUGAAUACAUACUUCACAAUUACCGUCAGUGUUACUUUCACUGUUUUAAAGAAAGCAUACCCAUUGUCAUUUCAAAUCAUUUGUAUAACAAGCUUUUCAUAAUGUUGUUCGAAUUUUUGGCGAUAUGUGUAAUCACUGCAUCAAUAAUUUUGCUGCUGAAACCAAAAGUAAACAAGAGCUUGCCUCCCGGUCCACCGAAAUGGCCACUAAUUGGGAACAUUGUCGAAAUGGCUUUAGCCGAUUCAAAGUAUCCUCAUUUGGCGAUGGUGAAGCUGGCCGCAAAGUAUGGGGAUCUGAUGAGCGUGAAAGUUGGGGUUCAUGACGCAUGUGUGAUAACAUCGUACGAAGCUUACAAAGAAAUAUGUACCAAAGAACCGGCCCAAGGCCGCUACAUUUUUCCUUUCGUGACAGAUAGAGCGUUUCACAAAGUGUUAGGAAUAAUUUGGUCAAAUGGGGAAUCAUGGAGGGACCUUAGAAAAUACACGGUGAAGAAUUUACGAGAAUUUGGCUUCGGAAAAGUCAAGUCGAUGCAAGUUAUGAUCCAAGAAGAAGUUGGGGACAUGAUGGAUUUUUUGAAAGAUACCUCUCGCGAAAAUCGUGGAAUUAUGGAAAUGAACCCACACGACUAUGCUGGAAGUGUAGUGAACAUACUCUGGUCGAUGGUCGCAGGCUACAAAUUUCCUAUCGGGGACAAAACAAUACAUGCAAUUUUGGAGCAUGGUAAUCGCAUUUCCGAGGUCACGUCCCAAGGCAAUAUCUACAACGCUUUUCCGGAACUCAGAAAAUGGUUUCCCAAAUUAACAAAUUGGGACAAGCAUAUGGAAUCUCAUACAGAAUACCAACAGUUUGUCAAGGGCAUGAUUGAAAAGGCAAAGUUAGAAAGAUCAAGUCGACCUGACCCUGAUGCUCAAAAUUUUAUUGAAGUAUUUUUGGAUGAAAUUGACAAAAAUGCUGGGAAUCAAAAUAGCUAUUUUACGGAGGAACAACUCAUUGUGGUGCUUCAGGACUUGUUUCUAGCUGGAUCAGAAACCACAGGUACGGCCAUAACGUGGGCAGUCCUUUUCAUUGUUUUAAACCCAAGCGUCCAAAUCAAAUUACGAGACGAAGUCAAUCGAGUUUUCUCUUCUGGGGAACCAAUUACUAUUGCUGAGCUUAAAAAAUUAACAUACAUGAAAGCCACACUGUACGAAAUUUUUCGAAUGGGAGAUAUUGCAGCCGUACCACCCCCUCGCAUGGCUAUGGAGGAUAUUCCGUACAAAGAGUACAUAAUUCCAAAGGGCAACCUCCUUCUAGUAAGCAUGCACAAUAUCCUAAACGAUCCCGAGUAUUGGAAAGACCCCGAAACCUUCAGACCAGAGCGAUUCUUGGAUGAAUCCGGGACUAAAGUUGUUAACACUGAACGGGUGGCCACAAUUUUUGGAAUUGGAAAACGAGUUUGCAUGGGAGAAGGUUUAGUGUGGGACGCAAUGAUGAUGUACUUGUCUGAGAUACUGAGAAACUUCAAAUUGGAUGUAAUUCCUGGACAAGAACCGUCGGCAAAAGAUCCAAUUGCAACUGGGACGCUGAAUCCACAAAAGUAUUCCGUACAUUUUACAGUCAUUAAUUAGUUUAUUAAUUUAGUUUGGAUCCUCAAUAGUAAUAUUCUAGAAUAAUAGUUAAAUGCUACCAAUUAUUAGUAACUAAUAAUUAAUAAUAAGAAGGAAAUCAAUUAUUUUAGGAAAUAAAUAUGACCUCACUCGAA